AUGGCGAUGGCCGUCCAGAAGCUGUUCCCCAACUCCAAAGUGACCAUAGGCCCCUGGAUAGACAAUGGCUUCUACUACGACUUCGACAUGGAGCCCCUCACGGAUAAGGACCUCAAGAAGAUCAAGAAGGAGAUGGACCGAAUCAUUCGCCGGAACCUUCCAUUGGUGAGGGAGGAGGUGUCCAGGGAAGAGGCUCAAAAGAGGAUCCAAGCGCUUAACGAGCCAUAUAAGCUGGAGAUUUUGGAGAGAAUUAAGGAAGAACCCAUCACAAUUUAUCACAUUGGAGAAGAGUGGUGGGAUCUGUGUGCUGGCCCUCAUGUUGAGUCCACUGGCAAGAUACAGAGAAAGGCUGUUGAGCUCGAGUCUGUUGCUGGUGCUUACUGGAGAGGUGAUGAGAAUAAUCAAAUGCUACAAAGGAUAUAUGGGACUGCAUGGGAGAGUGAAGAUCAAUUGAAGGCUUACAUCCACUUCAAGGAGGAGGCCAAGCGCAGAGACCAUCGGCGACUAGGUCAGGACCUUGAUCUGUUCUCUAUACAGGAAGAUGCUGGUGGGGGUUUAGUAUUCUGGCAUCCAAAAGGUGCUAUCAUCAGACACAUUUUAGAAGAUUCGUGGAAACAAACUCACCUGCAACGUGGUUAUGAUCUAUUGUACACUCCACAUGUUGCGAAGGCUGAUCUCUGGAAGAUCAGUGGACAUAUAGAUUUCUACAAAGAGAAUAUGUACAACCAAAUGGAUGUAGAAGAUGAGCCAUAUCAACUUCGGCCCAUGAAUUGCCCUUACCACAUCUUGGUAUACAAGAGAAAGCUACAAUCAUACAGGGAUUUACCCAUCAGAGUGGCAGAGCUUGGAACUGUCUACAGAUACGAGCUCUCUGGUGCUCUGCACGGGCUGUUCCGCGUAAGAGGGUUCACACAGGAUGAUGCCCACAUAUUUUGUCUCGAAGACCAGAUAAAAGAUGAAAUUAGAGGAGUUCUUGAUUUAACUGAAGAAAUACUGGGGCAGUUUGGCUUCCGGAAUUUUGAGGUAAACCUUUCAACCAGGCCAGAAAAAUCUGUUGGCAGUGAGGACAUAUGGGAAAAGGCAACAAUUGCUCUGAAAGACGCACUAGAUGAUAAAGGAUGGGGAUACACGGUUGAUGAAGGGGGAGGUGCUUUCUAUGGUCCAAAAAUUGAUUUGAAAAUUGAGGACGCUCUUGGAAGAAAAUGGCAAUGUUCCACCGUGCAGGUUGACUUCAAUUUGCCUGAACGGUUUGACAUCACUUAUAUUGACUCGCAUACUGAGAAGAAACGGCCUAUCAUGAUUCAUAGAGCCAUCCUUGGGUCUUUGGAGCGAUUUUUUGGCAUCCUCAUUGAAAACUACGCUGGUGAUUUUCCACUUUGGCUUGCUCCAACCCAAGCCCGUAUUCUGCCUGUCACAAACAAUGAGUUGCAGUACUGUAAUGAGGUGGCUUCAGAGCUGAAAUCGAGAGGUAUCCGCGCCGAGGUAUGCCACGGCGAACGUCUGCCGAAGUUAAUCAGAAACGCCGAAACACAAAAGGUGCCGCUCAUGGCGGUCGUUGGCCCCAAAGAAGUCGAGGCCAGGACGCUCACCAUCAGGAACUCGGCUCUAUCUACGAGCAGGGGUUCUCAGUUCUCACACAUGAUCGACAAUAAAACGCCCCAACUAACGCUGGUGGAGGAGGAGGACGAGGACGGCGAGAAGGUCCCCGAGCACAUCGACCUCGGCCCUAUCCUCAGCAUCAAGGACCAGCUCGAGAAGGACAAGGACGACGAGAGCCUGAGGAGGUGGAAGGAGCAGCUGCUCGGCAGCGUGGAUUUGAACUCCGUGGGAGAGACGCUGGAGCCGGACGUGAAGAUCAUGAGCCUGUCCAUCCAGUCCCCGGGGCGGCCGGACAUCUUCCUGCCGCUGCCGGUGGAGCCCACCAGCGGCAAGGGGGUGUGGUUCACCCUCAAGGAGGGCUCCCCGUACAAGCUCAAGUUCACCUUCUCCGUCAGCAACAACAUCGUCUCCGGCCUCCGCUACACCAACACCGUCUGGAAGACCGGCAUCAAAGGUACUAGUAGUAAAAACGAAUGA